AUGAAUAUAGUUAUUGAAGGUUCAGAGAAUAUAGAUUCAUUACCAUAUGUUGAUGAUGAAAUAACUGAAAAUGAAAGAAUAUACAUCCAAAAACUAAUAGACGAAGAGAAAGCUACUUUUUCACCACCAGAUUAUUUAUCACAAUUACCACAGCAUGUAGAUAUAGAUUAUAAGAGUUUUAAUUUUUUAGAAAAUGAUUUUAAAAGAAUGGAAGAAAAUAGAAAAAUGGAUGAAUUUGAUAUUAAUAGAUAUAAAGUUACAUCACCAACAGGUGCAAAUAUAAAAAAUGAAAAAAUAUGGAACGAAAGUUUAAACAAUGCGAGAUCACAAUUAGAACAUCAGGAUAUUAGAAAGAUUAAUUUAGAGUUAUUACAAAGAUAUGGUGCAAAUUCAUGGAAACUUUAUUUAUCAGAUUUAGAGUUAUUACAAAAAAUUUUAAAAAAGCAAUUGGAACAAAAGAAAGCAGAGAUUGAAGAGGUUAACAUUCAAAGAAAGAUUAAGCAAGAGGACACUAUCGAAAAAAUUAGACAACAUGAAAACAAAUGGUUAAAUUUAGUUUAUAAAAAUAAAGAAAUUGAAUUAGCAUGUCAAUCAGUUCAAAGAGAAAUUGACCAAUUAAAAAUUCAAAAAGAAAAAGAAGAAAAAGAAUAA